AGGGGCGGGGCCUCGCCCGGGCGACCAAGUCCCGUCCGAGGGCAGCCGUGCCGGGCAGGGAUCGGAGCGUAAUGCGAGCGGGGCGUCGGAUGGCGCGCGGGGGGAGAUGCUCCUGCGGAGGUUGGGACCCUCGAGCCGGCUGCACCCUCGAAGACACCCACCCAGCCCGGGCCUGGCAAGGCGCCCGGCAGUCUCCUCGGGACGCAGACCUGGCCUCAGCGCCGGCCGAACGGGCCCCCCUUGCCACCACGGCCCCGGGGGCGUCGCCUUCGGCCGCGGCUUCUCCGCCACCGCCCGGACAGCGGCCCUCGGGCUCUUCUCCUGCGCUGCUGCCGCCGUGUGUAGCCGGCGAUGGGCGGGGCAAGGCCAGGCCCCGCCCCGCGCGGAGGGAUCCCGGGCAGUCGGCGCGACGCGGCGGUGCUGCGGCUCCUCAGAGCUCGCCCGGUGGAGGCCGCGCUUUCCGCCAGAGACGGGGAGGAGGCGGCCCGCGUCGCUCGCUGUCGCGGCCUCGGGGGCCCUCGGAGCGGGCGGCGGGGCGAGGGCGGCCCCUCCACUGACGGCCGGUGGCAGCGGAGGCCAAGAUGAACCCGCAGCAGCGCCUGCCCGCCAUCGGCACCGACAAGGAGCUGAGCGACCUGCUGGACUUCAGCGCGGUAGGCCCUGCGCGGGCGGCGGGGCGGCUCCCCCCGAAGCCCGCCGCGCCCCCGCUGAGGAGCCGCGUCUCUCUCUCUCUCUGUCUGUCUCCCCUGCAGAUGUUCUCGCCCCCCGUGAACAGCGGGAAGGCCCGGCCCACCACGCUGGGGAGCAGCCGGUUCGGCGGGGCAGAAGGAGGGACUGUAUUUCUCAACGUGUAGUCCUCAACGGAACUACAUCCACAUUGAGGGAAGUAUGCAGUGGAGUACCCCAAGGCUCUGUUUUAGGCCCAGUACUCUUCAACAUCUUCAUCAAUGACUUGGACGAGGGGAUAGAUGUGGAACUCAUCAAAUUUGCAGAUGACACCAAGCUGGCAGGAAUAGCCAACACUCCAGAAGAUAGGCUCAAGUUACAGAAAGAUCUUGACAGACUUGAACAUUGGGCGCUAUCUAACAAAAUGAAAUUCAACAGUGAAAAAAGUAUGGAGGAACGAGCAGGGGUGAUAUCUUGGGAAGCAAGCGGUCAGUCAAGUCCUUCCUAUGAACCUACAAGGGAAAAUGGCAGCCUUCUUGUAAAAAGCUCAGAUAUUUCAACAGCUCUGGAGAAGCUAAAACACGAGGAGGGUUUUAUAGAUACUCCUUCCUACGGUGAUCAGUUGAGUGAUGAACAAUUAGGACCCAGUGAAGGAUUAUCUCCAACUCCUUUCCUGAAUUCAAAUCUGAUAGGAAAAGCCUCUGAGAGGAGUCAGUUUCCAAUGUUUGGUCGAGAUGCUGGGCUCUCAGGCUGUCAGACAAGUCUGCUUCAGUCUGACGUUGGUGUUGGAAGCCCAGGCCCCCUGGCUUUCUCAGGAAAAACUGGAACACCAUAUUAUCCAUUUUCCUCUGCAAAUCCACGGCGAAGGUCCCUUCGUGAUUCUUCUUCCCUUGAUUCUCUGCAGACAAAAAAAGUAAGGAAGGUGCCUCCUGGUUUGCCGUCUUCUGUCUAUGCGCCUUCUCCUAAUUCAGAUGACUUCAAUAGAGAAUCUCCAAGUUAUCCAUUUCCUAAACCACCAAGCAGUAUGUUUGCUAGCACUUUCUUGGUACAAGAUGGGACCCACAUCGCUCCUGAACUUUGGAGCCCCUCCCAUGGAGUGAGCCAAUCGGCUUAUGGUGGAAUGCUGGAAACUCCUUCUCACCUGUCACCCUCCGGUAGUUAUGGCAGCCGACAUCCCCACGAGCGCCUGAGUUGUCCUCCUCAUUCAGCCUCACCAACAGAUGGAAGCACAAGCCUUCCUCCAAUGUCCAGCUUCCACCGGAGCAGUAGCAGUAACUCAUUAGAUGCUUCUGCUGCUGCUGCUGCUGCUGCUGCCGCCUCUCAUACUCUACCAGUCAACGGAUCAGAGACCAGUGUGCUUGUUCAUAGGGGGAAUCCUGCUGGAAGUUCACAGACUGGGGAUGCCCUUGGAAAAGCUUUGGCCUCUAUUUAUUCUCCUGACCACACUAGUAGUAGCUUUCCUUCAAAUCCUUCAACACCUGUUGGAUCACCAUCAUCUCUCACAGGUGCUGGUCAGUGGUCAAGAACUGGAGGACAAGCCCCUCCGUCUCCAAGCUAUGAAAAUUCUUUACAUUCAUUGAAAAAUCGAGUUGAGCAGCAACUUCACGAGCAUUUGCAAGAUGCUAUGUCCUUCUUAAAGGAUGUCUGUGAGCAGUCCCGGAUGGAAGAUCGCCUGGACAGACUCGAUGACGCCAUCAACGUGCUGAGAAACCACGCCGUGGGGCCUUCAACGAGCCUGGCAGGGUCCCAUGGAGAGAUGGAGGGCUUAGUGCGGCCAUCCCACAAUAGGCCUGUUAGCACUUUGAAUGCCACUUACAGCACGCCCAGCCUUGUCAUAGCCAGUAGACAAGCCUCGAUGGUCAGCACACAUCGGGAAGAUGGUGUCAGCCUCAAUAGCAAUAAUUCAGGGUUGUGCAACAAUGUUCCUGGCCAGAGUACAGAACUAAAUCAUAAAACCCAAGAAAGCUAUAGAGUGCUGCCCGCUGGGCUGCCAACCCCAUCAGUAGCCCUGGUCCCGCUGGAAAUCAAGUCGGAGCACAAGGAGAAGGAUGAAAAUGCACAGGAACCUGUUUCCUCCGAUGACAUAAAAUCUGAUGAUGAGUCCUCCCAGAAGGAUAUCAAAAUCUCCUCCAGAGGCAGGAUGAGCACAAAUGAAGAUGAGGAGCUUAACCCGGAGCAGAAGCUGGAACGUGAGCGGGAACGGCGGAUGGCUAACAAUGCCCGGGAGCGCUUGCGUGUCCGGGACAUUAACGAAGCCUUCAAGGAACUGGGCCGAAUGUGCCAGCUCCACCUGAAGAGCGAAAAGCCCCAGACCAAGCUGCUGAUCCUUCACCAGGCUGUGGCGGUCAUCCUCAGUCUAGAGCAGCAGGUCCGAGAGAGGAACCUGAACCCCAAAGCAGCUUGCCUUAAGCGAAGGGAAGAGGAAAGGGGAUCUGUUGUAUCAGCAGAGCCCCCAAACCCCCAUCCAGGAAGCCAUCCAGCACUUAGUGAAACUGCCAAUCCAAUGGGACACAUGUGAACGUCAACGAGAUCAGAAUCCAGAACCAUGUGGAAGAGACCAAGAAGGGGAUCUUUUCUUCACAAAGACACUCAACAUAGCAUUAAACAGGACUAUCUCGCUGAAGAAACAACCCAUCCAAAAGUGGCCCUUUGAGAACCCCCGGCCCCUGAAGAGAGAGAGAGCAGCAGGUUCUUCUUCCAGCAGAACUUCCACCCCAGAGACGAUGGAGCUUCUCCUUCUCUUCUCUGCGGUUCUCCUGUUGCUCUAGCACAAUCAGAGAGACUGAUCUCCUCUCCAUUUGGUGGGGAAACUGCCUUGUGCCUAAACCGAAUUGACAAAUGUAUUGUAACUAGAAAACAUUAUUUAUUUGUAAUGGAACUAUCAAGAUCCAUCAUAUGAAGGGAAACAUUGAUCUGUUUAAAGCUUGGUUGAGAUCCUGAUGUUGAGAAGUGCAUUCCGAGAAUGAAGCCACAAUGUCACCGGCCCUUCACAUUCCCACCAUUCCUGCCUGCAAGUGUCUUAAAGAAGGGAGAGCAUGUGCCAGCUCCCCUUUCUCUGGCUGUCGGACAUAUAUUUCCCGGGUAGGUACCUUGAUCUUGAGGAGCUCUCUGACGCACAACCCUCAGCCUCUUGCAUCACAGGCACAAGCCAUAUAGAGCUGCAGCACUCCUGAGUGCUCAAGCACUCCUUGAGCUGAAACCACCUCUGCCUUUUGCCUUCUCAAAUGGCUCCCUCCCUUCUAAGGCUUGUAAUGGGACCGAGAGGAAGCCCGUCUAGAAUUGCCCUGGAGCUGUAAGAACAAGCAAUGCACAACAUGGGUUGAAAUCUUGGCUUGGGAUGAGAGCAGUGCAAGAAGGCAGCCCAGGGUUCCCUGAUGCCUGGCUUCCUCCCUUCCUGGUCAGUUGCCUUUGCUGAGGGCAGAGCAGAGAGCGCCUCUCUCUGGGCAAUUCCUUCCCCUUGGAUUCCCCUUUGAACUUCUGUGAAUGCUGUCUUCCAUUGUAGCAGCCCAGAGAAAGGCCCGCCGUGGCAAACUUCUCUCACAGGAUUUGAAUUGCUCCUCCACCUUGGAGAGUGUUGUGGCUCUAACUGGCUUCCUUUCUACCAGGGGAAAUGGUCUUUCAGAGGGUUCUUAGCACAUGCUGGUUUGUUAAGUUGCUGUCCUAAAGUGACCCUGGGCAAGUCUCUGUGACUCUUUUCUGCCCCCUUCUUGGUGUCCCCCAGCCAGUGAACUUUGGCUCCUGACUGGCGACUUCCUGGCUCUGUUGGGCUGUGCAGGAUGUGUGCUGUGUGCCCCAAAAUUUCCCUUUGGGAAACCAAGAGAGAAAACAUUUGGCUUAUUUUUCACUGUAGCUAGUCUUUUAUACAAUAAUCUUGUAAGAAGUUUCUUGAAUUCUAAAUAUUACUCUUUCUAGAUUUUUGAAAUCAAAAGUUUUCAGUAAAAAAAUUCUUACUUUAUUUUACUAUAAUAGGUAGUAAGAAUAAGAAAUGUAGGGUUGCCUACCAUAACCUUUUCAUUAAUAUCAGAAAUUUACAAUAGCAUUGUAAGAGCAUAGUAGGGUUCUAGCAUCCUGUGUAGUACCUUAUGGAGUAUGUAAGAGCUAUUUGUCCAAGAUGAAUUGCUUCUCAUCCGGUUAUUCAAUUCCCAUGUUGGUUUAUUGCGAAUUUGUACCUUGUGUCAAAUUUCAAGAUAUUACAGAUACACCUUUUUGACCAGCAACAAGUUCUUUUUCUGUCAGUGUUGUCUGUCAUAAAACACUAUGUAUAUAACAUUUAUGUAGCAAUAAAUGUGCCAUCCUUUUGUAA